CCCGCCCGCUCCCGGCAGGCUCCGCGCGCUGUACGGCGGCAUGGCGGCGCCCGAGGAGGAGGCGCUGGUGCAGUACGUGGUGCUGCGGGGCGACCUGCGCCGCGCGCCGCUGUCGUGGCCGCUGGGCGCGCUGGUGGCGCAGGGCUGCCACGCGGCGCUGGCCGCCGCGCACGCGCACCGCGACCACCCGGACACCCGCGCCUACCUGGAGCAGGGCGGCGCCAUGCGCACCGUGGUGCUGGAGGCGGUGGACGAGGCGGCGCUGCGGGCGCUGGCGGCCACGUUGCAGCAGCACGGCGUGGACCACGCGCUCUGGACCGAGCAGCCCGAGGACGCGGCCACCUGCCUGGCGCUGCGGCCCUACCCCCGCCACCAGGUGCGCCAGCACCUCCGGGCGCUCCGCCUGCUCCGGUGACCCCCACCGUCCCCCUCCCGCAUCCCGGUAUUCCCCCCCGGAGCACCCUUCCUUCGCCCUCCCUGAUCCGGGUCCGCAGGGGCUCCCGCAGCCCUGUCCUGGGGAAAAACACACCGAAAAAGUGCGCCAAAAAAGCACGGGCGACGCCAACCCGACCCUCUUCCCUGCCGCCCGCUUGUGGCGCAAAAAAAACCCAUUUCUCUCAUUUUUGCCUCUUAAAACCGCCGGGGACAGCGAGGAGGGAGCCGCUGGCACGGCACGGCUUGGCACCUCCGACGCGGCAUCGCGUCGCGGAGCGCAGAAACAACCACACGCUAGCUGGCGACUCCGAUGCUUUUUUUUCCCAUUUUUUUUCCUCUUUAACUCUUGCAAAGGUCAGUCAACAAAGCUACACAUUUCCCGCACACCAGCGUGAUUGGAAGAGAGAGAAAGAGGGGAACCCCCCGCCCUGUAACCCUCCUCCCCAAUAAAAAUCAGCCGCGAAUAUCAAAAGCGAUCCUGACUAAAAGAGAAGAAAAACAAAUUUAUACAGCAAUCAGAGCUAUUUACAGUGACAGGCUUGAGGGGGGAAAAAAUAAAGCUGUCUCCCAACAGAGAA